AUGGCAACCCAGAAUGGAAACACUAGUUUUGCACCCAACUUUAAUCCGCCCCAAGACCAUGCUUCCUCUGUCCACUUCAACUUCAGCUAUGGCGAUUAUGACCUCCCUCUGGAUGAGGAAGAGGACAUGACCAAGACCCGGACCUUCUUUGCAGCCAAGAUCGUCAUAGGCGUGGCCCUGGCAGGCAUCAUGCUGGUCUGUGGCAUUGGCAACUUUGUCUUUAUCGCUGCCCUCGCCCGCUAUAAGAAGCUGCGCAACCUCACCAACCUCCUCAUUGCUAACCUGGCUAUCUCCGACUUCCUGGUGGCCAUCAUCUGCUGCCCCUUCGAGAUGGACUACUACGUGGUGCGCCAGCUCUCCUGGGAGCAUGGUCAUGUGCUCUGUGCCUCCGUCAACUACCUGCGUACCGUCUCCCUCUACGUCUCCACAAAUGCCCUGCUGGCCAUCGCUAUUGACAGGUAUCUCGCCAUCGUGCACCCCUUGAAGCCUCGGAUGAAUUACCAGACGGCCUCCUUCCUGAUCGCUUUGGUCUGGACAGUGUCCAUCCUCAUCGCCAUCCCGUCAGCCUACUUCACAACGGAGACCGUCCUCUUUAUUGUCAAAAGCCAGGAGAAGAUCUUCUGCGGCCAGAUCUGGCCAGUGGACCAGCAGCUCUACUAUAAGUCCUACUUCCUCUUCAUCUUCGGCCUGGAGUUCGUGGGCCCUGUGGUCACCAUGACCCUGUGCUACGCCAGGAUCUCCCGGGAACUCUGGUUCAAGGCCGUGCCUGGCUUCCAGACGGAGCAGAUCCGCAAGCGGCUGCGCUGCCGCCGGAAGACGGUGCUGGUGCUCAUGGGCAUCCUCACGGCCUACGUACUGUGCUGGGCGCCCUUCUACGGCUUCACCCUCGUGCGCGACUUCUUCCCGACUGUGUUUGUGAAGGAGAAGCACUACCUCACUGCCUUCUAUGUCGUCGAGUGCAUCGCCAUGAGCAACAGCAUGAUCAACACCGUGUGUUUCGUGGCGGUCAAGAACAACACCAUCAAGUACUUCAAGAAGAUGCUGCUGCUCCACUGCCGUCCCUCCCCCCAGGGGAGCAAGUCCAGCGCCGACCUUGACCUCAGAACCAGUGGUGUGCCCGCCACCGAAGAAGUGGACUGUAUCAGGUUGAAGUGA